AUGGGUCGUCCGGUCACUGUAUGGACGCGCGAGCAGGUCGCCGCUCGCAUCCUCGAGGGCGAAAACCUCGUCAUCUAUCGCGGCAAACUCAUCCGCAUUCCCAAUUCCUGGCUCACGGCCCAUCCCGGUGGUUCCCUUGCCAUCCUUCACUUCGUGGGUCGCGACGCGACGGACGAGAUUGAAGCGUAUCAUUAUGAGGACACGCUCAAGUCGAUCAGCAAAUACGCCGUCGGGACCGUCGAGAUAGGUGAGGAGGGAUGGACACCUCUCGUCCCUCCUGUCAUGGUGGGAUGGGUCAGAAAGGUGUCCAGUGAUGGGAAAUUGGGAUGGCACAACGAGGCCGCGGCCAUACAUAAAACGGACCACACUCAGUCUGCACCCGCGUCCCAGAUUCUGCUUGUGGAGAAAACAGAUGCUGUCUCUGAAAAGGAACAGGCCCCCAGUCUGUCCACUAUUUCUCCUCCUCCGACGCCCUUGAGUCCGAAAGUGCAAGCCAGACAUUCGGCUGCCUACAAGGAACUCCACGCCCGCAUCGUAGAUGCUGGCCUUUACGAGACACCCUUCGUGACGGGAUAUGGCCCUGACUUCCUCCGGUAUAUCUUGUUCGCUACUCUGUCGGCCAUUGCGUAUAGGUACAACUGGCUGACCGCGAGCGCGUUCUUCCUUGGCCUGUUCUGGCAUCAACUGGGAUUCUUUGUUCACGACUUGGGUCACACCGGCGUUACGCAUAACUGGCUCUGGGACCGCCUGAUCGCCAUCCUCGUUGCAGAUUACUGCGGCGGGUUAAGUAUCGGCUGGUGGGUUGAUGUUACAAAGAUGAGUUACCCGCGUGAUCCUGACAUCCAACAUCUGCCGUUCUUCGCUUGUUCACCGGCGUUCCUCGACUCGCUGUAUUCCUCUUACUACAAGCAUGUCUUUCCGUUCGACGCCUUCUCACGUAUCGUGAUCCCUAUACAGCACAAGAUCUUCUACGUGAUCAUGAGCCUCGCGCGGUUUAACCUGUAUCGUCUAUCCUACACGUUCUUGUGGAAACUGAGGAACGACAAGAGACGUAUCAGAGGAGGGCGGUGGACUUGGCGCUUGGAGGUUAUCGGCAUUUGCGUAUUCUGGUGGUGGUUCGGCCACGUACUCAUGGGAUGCGGGACUUGGAAGAAUGCGUUGUGGUUCCUGCUGGUCAGCAAUGUGACGGCAAGCCCGUUGCAUAUCGUACUAUCCCAUUACUCGCGGUCCACCGAAGAUCUGGGCCUCGUGGAAUCAUUCGUCCAUCGUCAAUUGCGCACCACGACGGACGUCAUCUGCCCGGAAUCCGUUGGCUGGAUUCACGGAGGUCUGCACCUACAGGUUACACAUCACCUUUUCCCGCGGUUGCCGAGACACAACCUGAAAAAGGCUAGCUUCCUUGUGAAGGAAUUCGCUAAGGAGCAAGGGCUGGAGUACGCGGAGUUUGGUUUCGUGGAGGGAAAUGCGGAAGUCAGAGGGGCGUUGAGGAGCGUGGCUGAGCAAGUUAAGAUCAUCGGGAUGGUGGCGGAAGGAGAGAUCAGGGAAGUAAUGGAGCAGAGGAAGAUCUAA